AUGAAAAAAUCAUAUAUCAUCUUUCUAAUUUUCACAGUCACUCUCUCUCUCGCACUAGCUGAUGAAGUUGGCAACCGGACGGCGGAAAGCAUUGCGGAGGAGAUAAUCUCAUCUCUAUCUCAGGCGAAAUUUGAAGACUGGUCUGCAGCUUUUAUCUCCACUGAUGAUAAGAUCCGCGGGGGUGUUUUACCGGCGACGCUCUUCAUUCCCGUUGCCGCGACUGAUGAACACCUUGGGGACCGAAACGUAGCUGCAUAUCAUGUCGUGCCGGAAAAGAUGGAGUUUGCUGAUUUGCUUGCCAAGGAAGAUAAAACAAGAAUUAUUACCCUUCUUGCAGGGUGUUCGAUUCUUGUUGGCAACACAACUGAAGGUGGCUUAACUCUCGACGGUGUCAGCGUGACGGAGCCAGACGUAUUCGUAGACGAAUUCAUUGCCAUCCACCGUAUCAGGCUUCCCCUCGAUUUCAACAGAUACGGCCGCAUGGUAGACUUUAAUAAGCCUAAGCCUAAAAAAGAGGUGAUAUCUAGAUUGGAAAUAGAAAUAUUCGCUGUUGUGAUAGCCUCGUCGCUGGCUGGCAUCGUCCAUUGCCUCGUGUCUUCCCGCAGAUAG